AUGGCCUGGAAUCGUGCGUUGUUCGUGCUUAUCGGCGCAUUCGCUGUGCUGGCCAGUGGAGCCCCGUCGAAGACGGCCGUCAAGCCACGCAACGCGGAACUUCGGGAAGCCCUCGAGGAGUACCGUGUGCGUUUCGAUGAGCUGCACCGCGAGAAGGAUCAGUUCCUGCAAUUUGCCCGCACCGGCCUGUGGGCUUCGGUGCGCACGAUGAACGAGCAAGUCCUGGAGGAUCUGGGUGAGGCCCGCAAUAACGCCGAGUACGGAUUCGACGAUGUCCGGCUAGAGAUUAGUCUGCUGAUCGUCGAGGGUAACCACCAGGAGCAGUGUCUGCUCGAUCUGGUGUACGAGAUCGUCGACGAGAAAGUUCGUCUCGGCGAUGAGAUUAGCGCCUGCGCAGCCGGUACCACCGAGAGCAAGGAUUCCCUGCCCGAGUCAUUCUACGAGUUCCUGAACCUGCUCCAGCGUCUGUCCAACUCGAUCGCCGAGCUGACGCUGUACUCGUUCAUUAGCCAGAACGCGGUCGCCGAUCCCGAGCGGCACCUGGAGUUCCUGGAGGAAACGUUCGUCGAAACGGAGCGUACCUGGAACGAUGAAGCACGCCCGCUGAUGCAGUUCGAGCUGGACGCCAUGGAGUACAACCGCCCGCUGAUCGUCGCCGACAAUGCCGACUGCCUGCAGGUCGUCGCCGAAGCUCAGCAGAGCUUUGAGGACUACAUUCGCGAGAAGAUCCCAUCGUGUCUGUAA